AUGGGCGCCGUAGAGAAUACGAACAAGGAAGUGAAGAACCUGCCGGGGGCCACGGUGCUGCACCUGGGGGGCGAGGCCAAGGUCGAGCUCCACACUGGUCACCUGCUGGUGCCCUGGCUUGCGCGGCACUGCGGCUGGUGCAUUUGCAUGUGCCGCGUGCGCGCGGACGGCCGGGCCGAGGGCAAACGGUGGAACAGGAAGAUGCUGGACAAGGCGCUGCGCACCCCGCGGCUCCCGCGCCUGGGCGCCAAGACCCCGGCCUACCUCGACAAGUAUGGCCUCGCCCCAGAAUGCCCCGGCUGCGCCGGGCGCCGCGGCCGGCGGCACCCAGACCUCAAGUCGAAGCUCCCCCAGGGCUCCCGGCGCCCGCUGGAGCCGCCCCCGACGCUGAGAUGGCAGCUCCUGUCGAGGAUGCGGCCCCUGCCUCUCCACCAGGGCUGGCACCGGCAACCCGCGGCCCCGUCGUGGAGGCGGAGAUGGAGGCUGGGAGUGUCGCGGCGAACCGCGAGGGGGGGGGGCCUGAGCUUCCAGGAGAAGGUCGAGCUCUUCGAGAGGGGCGGCGCUGAUGUCAGCGGCCCCGCAUCUUCGAGGAGGCGCGCGAUCGGCGUUCUGCGCGUUUGUGGCCAGCCGCCCCACGCGGGGGCCAGGGGCAUCGCGACGCCGGCGGCCUACGUGGCGACGCCAGAUAUCGACGCGCAGGACGUCGAGGACCACAAGACCGGCGAGGUGCUCGACCCCGAGCUUGCGCGCGCAGGCCGCGCACGGGAGCGCCAGAACACGAUGGAUAGGCGCCUCUUCGAGCGCGCGCCGACGAAGAACGCCAGGGGCAAGGAGGUGCGCAGCAUAUGGCUCGACGAGAAGGAGUUCAACAUGCGCGAUCGUUUGGACACGCACACGGCGACGCCCCCGCUCAAGUUCAUCAAGUUGAUCGUCUCGCGGGCUGCCUCGAUAAGACGCCAUGAUUCCAACGACUGGACCAGGGUGCUGGGGCUCUACGACAUCGCGGCGGCAUUUUGGCACGCCGACCUGCCGCUAGACGAGCCGAUCACGGUCAUCCCACCUAGAGGCGAGGAGGACUCAGGGAUGGCGUGGCAGAUGCUGAAGGCCAUGCAUGGGACACGCCGCGCGCCCCAGUUGUUCCUCGAGUUUAUGGCGAAGGUAUUCGACCAGCGCGGCUACCAGGCAUUGAAGACCAGCCGCCAGAUCUUCUACGCGAAGCAGCACGACUCCUUGGCUAGUCUGUGGGGCGACGACAUCAUCGCCGAGGCGGAGAGCAAAGGCAUCGAACACCUUGGCGCCAUGAUCAGCUUGCUUUUCAACAUCAAGGUUCUCCCUCGCGUCGGGCCGGGCUGUACUUUAAUGGGCCGUUCCUUUAAACAUUGCAAAUGCUACCUGCUUGGGCUUGGUUGCGAGUGGAACGAGGACCCAAAGCGCGCAAUGAUGUUGUUGGAGAGCACGGGCAAGCUCAAGGCGAAGCCCCAGGGGGGCCCAUGCAGCAAGCACAUCGGCAGGGGCGAUCCGGACGAGCUCGACGGCGAGGCGCAGACCAAGCAUCGCAGCGACACUGGUCGCGCGCUCUACGCGUCGCCCGGCCGCUUCGACAUCCAGUACUCGGCCAAGGAGCUUGGAUGCCCCUUCCUGGCGCUCUUCUUCAAGCACGUGCCGGAGGCAGGCGGCUCCUGGAUCCCAGUCGACAGCAAUUGGGCGGAGGAGCCGGAUUGUUAUUCGACCCAUGCGGGUUGCGAGAUUGUCGGCUCGCAUUUGAUCGAGUCCUGGGUCGUGGCGGACCAGGCCCGCGCCCUCUCCAGCGCGGAGGCCGAGUUUUGCGGCACCGUCGUUGGCGCGGCCAGAGGCAUUAUGACACAGAGCCUCUUCAAGAAUAUCGCGGACAUGCGCGGCGCCGCAACGGCGCGGUCGGUGACAGUCGGCAGCGCCGCCAGCGUCGCCAUCGGCAACAGCUCGAGGAGCGGCGCGGGGAAGACCCACCAUAUCGCGGCGCGAUGGCUUUGGGUCCAAGACGCCGCCCAGGAAAACCAGAUCACCUUGAAGAAGAUCCCCGGCGAGACCAACGUCGCCGACCUGGGGGCGAAGGCUCUCGAGCCGAAGAGGCGCCAGGAGCUCGCGAAGAGGCCCCCGCCGGCGAAGCCCACCUGCCGGCGAUUCUCGGCGGCGCCGGCGGAUCUGGCAGCGACGCCUGAGACGCAGGGGGCGCGGUGA